UCCCUUGUUUUGUUGAAUCUAAGGGUUUGAAUUCUCAGGGCUGAUUCUAGGUGCAAAAUCACAGGUUGGCAUUCAAAUAGAAGUCCUUCUGAGCAGUAGUUAGCAGUGGAUAGCUUUCAGGCCUGAUGCAAACCAUUCCAUAAUUUGGUUGAAGUGAACCCCAGUCCGCCAUUGUCAAGAGGACCAGGAAUGGGACCUCUUUAUAACUUCCUGGCUCGAAAACUUUAUGUCCAACGGUAUUUGGACAUCGUUAUACCACACCAAUUUGUGUUUUUCCCUCAAACUGUUGCCACAAAGUUGGAAGCACACAAUUGUGCAGAAUGUCUCUGUAUGCUGUAGCAUUAUAGCCGUAGCAUUACAGUAAAAUAUUGUGGAAACCUUCAAAAAACUACUGUAGAUUAUUAUUAUUAUUAUCAUAAUACAACAGCAAAUCGGAAUAAAUCUGCAAGAUUAAAAUUCAUCCGUGAUGGUCAGGUUUCCACAAACCCUCGUCCAUCUAGUGUAACUUAUCCAGGCUUCACAGUUAAGAUGAAAGUCAAUGUAUUAACAAAUGAUGCACAAUCAGUCAUAUCAAAGGUGAAUUAAUUCCAACUUGGCAACCCUGAUUCAGCUCCUCUUUCAUACUGACUGCUGAAUAGAUCUUCUCAGUUCAGUGUUCGCUGACAGAACCGUUUCGGUGCUUUUCCUCUCAUCAGACACAAGCUGAGAGCUUCGUAGCUGUUAGAUGGUGAUCGGGCAAUUUGGAUUGACCAUGGUCCGUUUUCUGAAGUUUUUCACGGUGGUGGGUGAUGACCAAGAGGCUGUUUCAAAGUGGCAUGACGAAGAACUAAAUGUCAGCGAAGACUUGGAGCCUCCAAAUCUAACAACCUCACAGCUGACGUUCAGAGACGGUCUGAAACGUCUCUUCAGCUCAGAGAAAUUUCAGAUAGCUGUUGUGAUUCUGGUGAUCUUGGAUGCCUUAUUUGUUCUGUGUGAGCUGCUGUUAGACCUGUCUAUAAUCAAAGUCGAUGAGCAUCACAUCGCUCCAGAGGAGUUUCACUACCUCAGCUUGGCUCUGCUCACCUUCUUCAUGGUGGAGCUGGGCUUUAAGCUGUACGCUUUCCAGAUGGAGUUUUUCCACCACAAAUUUAAGCUGUUUGAUGGAAUUGUUGUGAUUCUGUCUUUCAUCAUGAAUAUCGUGUACAUCUUCAAAGAGAACGCCUUUGAUGCCAGGGGCUUCCUCAUCCUGGUCAGGCUGUGGAUCAUUAAUGGUAUUCUGUUGUCAGUGAAGAGUCAAGCCGAUCACAAUGUGAACAAACUGAAAGAGGAAAAUGAUCGCCUCCUCCAUCAAAUUAGCGUGCUGCAAGAGCACAAAACCGCAAUGGAGCAGGAGGUCAGCAAGCUGAAUGCACUCUUAAAGCACUACAUCCAGCGUGCUCAAUUUUAGCUCUACAAGUUGCCACAUCUUCUUGAUGAGCUUGAAAAACCAGACCCAAAAUGCAGGACGUUCUCCAUACUUUUUUAACCCUCCUGCAGACCUUUUCUGCAUUCCUAGGCAAAGUAGGAGCGCCGAGUCAACUUGACCUUGUCUGUUUCGACUGCUUAUAAAAAAUGAAGUAUAUACAGUAUGAUACCUUUUUUUUUUCUUCACCUUUUUUGUCGAACUUGUUUCCAAC